UUGGAUUUUUCUCUUUUGAAUUUUUUCUUCAGAUUUUUUGUGCAUUUUCAAAAACUUUUUGUCAAUCUAGGUCAUCUCGCCAACUUUCAGGAGAAUUAAUAAUUUCCUGUCCCCCUCCCCUACUUGUUUGUUCAGUACCUUCUUGCUCCAGCCUCCUUGUCUACAUCUCCUCCCUUGGGUUUUUUUUUGGAGUUACUCCUGAAACUUGGCGAGAAUGUGGGAGUUCCGCUCGAUGUCCUUCUGGAGGGCGGUCUUCGCCGAAUUCUUCGGCACCAUGUUCUUCGUGUUCAUCGGCAUGGGUGCGGCAACACGCUUCGCCAGCGGGCCGCACUACGUGCUGAGCGUGGCCUUCUGCUUCGGCCUGGCGGGGGCCACCAUCAUCCAGUCCAUCGGACACAUCAGCGGGGGCCACAUCAACCCCGCUGUCACCUUCGCCCACCUGGUCAGCUCGCAGAUGUCCCUCUUCCGCGCCUUCUUCUACGUCGCCGCUCAGAUGACUGGGGCCGUGGUGGGUGCGGCGGUGCUGUACGGGGUCACACCGGGCACCAUGCGGGGCAGUCUGGCCCUCAAUAAGUUGCAGCCGGGCAUCAGCCUGGGCAUGGCCACCACAGUGGAGGCGUUCCUCACGCUGCAGCUGGUGGUUUGCAUCUUCGCCGUCACCGAUGACCGCCGCAAUGGCCGCCUCGGGUCUGCAGCGCUCGCCAUCGGAUUCUCCAUCACCGUCGGUCACCUGAUGGGGAUGUACUACACUGGCGCUGGUAUGAACCCCGCACGCUCCUUUGCACCUGCCAUCCUCAUCAGGAACUUCAUCAACCACUGGGUGUACUGGGUAGGCCCUAUGAUCGGGGGUGCCAUGGGGGCGCUGCUCUACGACUUCAUGCUCUUCCCCAGGAUGCGGGGGCUGUCUGAAAGACUGGCCGUCCUGAAAGGCAGUCGCCCCCCAGAGGCCGAGGGCCAGGACGACACGCAGGGGGGGCCCAUCGAGCUGAAGACUCAAGCCCUAUAGACUGGAAGGACAGUUUCGCCAUGAUAACCCCCCCCCCCCCCAAUCCUACCACCUGCAAACACAUUCGUUUAAUACCACCCGCUAACUUUGGACAUGCAUAUUUACCCCGCAUAAAAACACAUGUAGCUCCGCCCCCAGCUCUCUGUGUCUAUGCCCUGCCCAUACAUCUCACUGCCAAAUCAGAACCGGACACUGUAGUAGGACCAACUAACGA